AUGAAACUCCGGAAGCGAUUGAAGAUGUUUUCUGCAAAUUGUCUGUUAUAUAUUAUUUUAAUUAUUUUUUAUUAUUCAUCAUUAUGUCAAACAAGCACACAAGUCUGUAAUGGUCCAUUAGGUAUGACAACAGGUGAAAUUCGCGAUUGGCAAAUAACAUCUUCAUCAUCAUUAUGGGAUCCUGAUUGUCAUGAAAAAUAUUCCCGAUUAUAUCAACCAAAUGAUCGAGCUUGGUGUGCGAGACAAAAAUCAGAUUCUGAAUGGUUACAAAUUGAUUUGGGAAUAUCAGCAAAAAUUUCGGGUGUAUUGAUUCAAGGACGAGCGAAUAAAGAAGAAUAUGUUACAUCAUUUAUGAUAUCGUAUAGUACCGAUGCAUUUCGAUGGCAAUAUAUUGUUGACAGAUAUGGAAAUCAAAAGGUAUUUGCUGGUAAUACAGAUUCUUAUUCUGUUCGUCAUAACUACUUUGAUGAACCGAUCGUUGCACGAUUUAUUAAAUUUCAUACAAUCCAAUGGUAUAAACAUCCUAGUUUAAGAGUAGACAUUAUUGGAUGUCAAGAAUGUAAACAACAUCUUGGUUUACCACCCUAUGGUAAAAUAAGUGCUUCAACAUCAUGGCCAUAUCGAAGACAUGCAUCAUGUCAGCCAGAAGAUGGACAUCUUCUCAGUAAUAAAGGAUGGUGUUCAAAAAAACGUUAUAAACAGGAUCAAUGGUUAGAAUUUGAUCUUGGACAUCCAUCAACUGUUACGUCACUGAUAACAAAAGGUCGGGGAGAUAUAACUGCACAAGAACAAUGGGUUACAAAGUACAAAGUGUCAUUUAGUAAUGAUACACGCUUAUGGCUAUAUUAUAAGGACAAAAGUCAUAUAGAUCCAAAAGAAUUUGCCGCAAAUAAUGAUAGAGAUAGUGAACGUAUCCAUUUUUUAAAUGAACCUUUUUUUGCCAGAUUUGUACGUCUACAUCCUACAGAAUGGCAUAAUCAUGUAGCAAUGAGAGCAGCUGUACUUGGAUGUCCUCAUCAAGGUCAAUGUUUUCCGGGCUAUUUUCGUGUGAAUAGUGAAGCACAAUGUGUUGAAAAUAUGGCUUAUAAAAAAUUGACUUGGACAAAUGAUCGAGAUCGCCAGUUAUCAUCUGCUUCUGCGACUGAUUUGAAACAGCGUAGUGGACGAGCAACAAACGGAGAUCCAUCAUUAGCAGUCGAUGGUUCAGAAGAUUCGGAAUGGUCUAAAUGUGCUACGAUCGAUAAUUAUUAUGUCAGAAAACCAGUGUGGAUGGUUGAUCUGGGAAGAAUCACAACAGUGUCUGGAGUGAUGGUCCGAACGUGGCAUGGAUCAAAUAAAGUUUAUCGUGAUUAUUUAUACAAUCUGGAUCGUUAUAGUGUCUAUGUCGAUCUACGUCCUCGUCGUUAUCGUUUUAAAAAUUCUGAUCUAUGUUCGUAUGUGACACGAGCUAAUCAAGCACUAUUGACACCACGUUUACAUUUUCAAUGUCAACGUCCUAUUCGUGGACGAUAUGUUUAUAUUGAAGCUGACGGCAGUACACAUAGAUGGAAUAAAUUAUUUACAGCUGUAUUAUGUGAAGUAUUCGUCUAUGAACAGUGA